AUGGAUCCCAACGGCACCUCCAUCUCCCACCCGGCGAACGUGCAAGAGGUCCAGGAGUUUGCCUCGAAUUACCACCAGGCGCCUUGGUUCCCAGCGGAAAACGCAGGAAUGGCCAAGAAAGAGGUCAAGACGGUUGACAGCGACAUGAGCAAUGGUGCGGUGGCGCCACCUGCUGCCGUUGAGGCUCCCAGCACGGCGGACACCUCUAUUCAUGCGUCGGGCAUCGUGCCUCUCCUGCAGAAUAUUGUUGCGACCGUCAACCUCGAUACCCGCCUUGAUCUAAAGACUAUUGCGCUGCACGCUCGCAACGCUGAGUACAAUCCCAAGCGUUUCGCUGCCGUGAUCAUGCGUAUCCGCGAGCCGAAGACGACGGCACUGAUCUUCGCCUCCGGCAAGAUGGUCGUCACUGGAGCCAAGUCUGAGGAUGACAGCAAGCUCGCAAGCCGCAAGUACGCGCGCAUCAUUCAGAAACUCGGUUUCAAUGCAAAGUUCUCCGAGUUCAAGAUUCAGAACAUCGUCGGUUCUUGCGACAUCAAGUUCCCGAUUCGCCUCGAGGGUUUGGCUAGCCGUCAUCACAUGUUCAGCUCUUACGAGCCUGAGCUCUUCCCCGGUCUCAUCUACCGCAUGAUGAAGCCCAAGAUUGUGUUGCUCAUCUUCGUCUCUGGCAAGAUUGUGCUCACUGGCGCUAAGGUCCGCGAGGAAAUCUACCAGGCCUUUGAGCUCAUUUACCCUGUGCUCUCCGACUUCCGCAAGACCUAA